AGCGCGGACGCUUUUGUCGUGUUUGCCCGUGGCCCGCCGAUCGUAUACCACCACUGAUUGUGCAAAAGAGUAGUAGUGAUAAGUAGUUAGUUUUACCGCACUCGGGAAAAAGAAGCCAUGGGGCUUACGAGAGCGGCCGUCUACGCCGGCUGUCUCCUUCUGUUCCUAGCAGCCGAAGCCUCGGGCAAUAAAUGUAUAGCUGGCUGCCAUGGAAUGAAUGGAGGAAAAGCCUAUCAAGAAGGACAGACAUAUGUAUACGAUUUGGAAGGAACGUCUGUAACAUCAGUUCCUGAUACUGCAGAUGAAGCUACUCUCAAACUGAAGGGUACCGUAGAAUUGUCAGUGAAGCCGGACUGCAUUCGACAGAUCCGAUUAAAAGGCGUACAAAUUAAUGGAGCUCCAAUAUCAUUGUCAGAUGUUGAGAAGCAUGCGCUGCAAUUCAACUAUCACGAUGGUCAUAUCGAUACGGAGGUGUGUGCCGAACCUGGCGAUUCGCAGGAAUCUCUUAAUAUUAAGAGAGCUGUUGCCUCCUUGUUCCAGUCAGCUGUCAUUCAAGAUUCUGGAACGACAUCUCAUCACGAGGUCGAUGUGUUUGGUGGUUGCAAGACUGACUUUACAUUCAAGAAGAACGGCGAUUCGCUGAUUGUCCAUAAGGAGAGAAAUCUGGCUCGUUGUUCUCAUCGCGAAAACAUCAGAGAAGGCCCGGUGUCCGCGAUCUACGAUCAAACAUCUGACAUUCAAUCGGCUCCAUUGGUAUCGUCGCACCAAAAGAUUGAGCAACGUUUCGACAAUGGUGUACUGGCCAAAGCAGUCUCGGUCGAGACUUACAAACUGAAUCCAUGGAGCAACGGGGAGAACGGUGCUAAGACAAUCGUGCAGACCAUUUUGACGCUCAAGAACAAAAAAGGCGACAGUCCAAACGCUCCUGUUUCCCAGCCGAAAUCCAUCAUCUUUGAAGCGCCGCAUCCUGUCACCAAGUCGUCAGCUGAUAGAAUUGUUGCGGCUGUAAAGGCAGCAAGUGCCGAAGAGCACGACGGUGUGAAAGAAGACGCAGCGGAAAAAUUUGCCGAACUCGUCAGAAUUCUUCGUCUCAGCAGCAAAACCGACAUACUCGCGGUCUAUCAAAAAGUGAGAAGCAACGCUUUGGAAAAAAAAAUUUUCCUUGACGGUCUGUUCCGUACCGGAAGUGGCGAGGCCGCGGAAGUAAUCGUGGACUUGCUGAAGAAUCGUGAGCUCAGCGGCGUGCAGGCUCUUUUGUUCUAUGCCAGUCUGAGUUUCGUCAAUCAUGUGAACCUUCCCUCGGUAGUCGCUGUUACUUCUCUCCUCGAUCAGCCGAACUUAUCGCGUCUCGGCUAUCUCGGAAUCGGUCAGAUAAUCGGUAAGUUUUGCCAAGAACAUCCCUGCGAUAACGUAGCCGAGGUUAAGCAAGCCGUGCAUAAAAUUCGCGAGAAAGUUGGCAAUGGAAAGGCAAAGACCAGAGACCAAGAAAACGUUAUAGUCUCAGCUUUGAAGGCAUUAGGCAACGCUCGCUAUCUCGAUGACGGCACGUUACAAAAACUGGCCGGCAUUGCGGAAGACAAGAACGUGCGCAAUCGCGUCAGAGUAGCUGCUAUCGAAGCAUUACCUACCCGCUGCUCUAUGAAAUGGAAAAACAUUCUUCUGAAGAUUUUGGAUGAUCAGAGCGAGGACAGCGAGAUCAGAAUCAAGAGUUAUCUGUCUUUGGUUGCCUGUCCCUGCCCUCAUGUUGCCAGCAAUAUCAAGAAAACAUUGGACAAGGAAACAGUCAAUCAAGUUGGAUCUUUCAUUCAGAGUCACUUACGUAACUUGCGAGCUUCUGCUGAUCCAAAUAAAGCUGAAGCGAAGAAGCAACUUGGCCUGAUCAAACCACGAAAGUUUCCCGAAGAUAUCCGCAAAUUCUCUUUCAACAACGAACUGUCGUACAAUGUAGGUGGCCUCGGCGUUGGCUCUUCUACGGAGAGUAAUGUUAUCUAUAGUCAGAAUAGUUUCGUACCGCGAUCUAUGCAUCUGAAUCUAACUACCGAGAUAUUCGGAAGAUCCUUCAAUUUCUUAGAGCUCAACACGCGCGUAGAAAAUCUCGAUAGAUUGAUCGAACACUACUUCGGACCCAAAGGACUAUUGAGUGAAUUGGAUGACGCGGAUGACUUGGUCGACGAAGGAGUGAACAAGGUUAUUGACAUCUCAGAGUAUGUCAGUAAAAAAACUAAUAAACUACGUAGCAAGCGCGAAGUUAAGCCGGGAGAAAUUGACAAAUUUGCUAAAGGCGUGAAGCUGAGAAACACCGAGGUAGAUCAGCAGCUCGACCUGGACCUAUCAAUCAAGUUCUUUGGUGUCGAACUGGCUUAUCUAACUUACGACGGAAAUCCCGAGCAAUUAACACCAAAAAGUAUGAUUGACAAGAUAUACGAACACAUUGAAAAAGGAUUUGAAAAGAUAAAGAAAUUUGAUUACAAUUUGCAGAAUCGCAUACAGUUCCUCGAUGCAGAGCUCAUUUAUCCGACAAAUCUUGGUACGGCGCUGUCUGUCGGCGUGCUUGGAACCAGCGUGAUUCACAUAAAAACAUACGGCAAGCUUGAUAUUCCGGCUAUCUUAAAAGAUCCGAAAAAUACCGACAUAAGCAUCGGUUUGGAACCCAGUGCAGCCAUUCGAGUAAGCGGCAACAUGGUCGUUAAGGGAUUCGAUGUAGAGUCCGGGCUGAAAGUUGUCAGCACAUUGCAUCACGACACGGCAACCGAUGUGUCAGUAAAAUUCAUGAACGGUAACGGUGUUCACAUAACGGUCUCCGCACCGAAGAGGAAAGAGAAGAUCAUUAGUGUAAGCAGCGAGGUGCUGAUGAGUUCCGGACCGAAAGGUGACACAUAUAAAGCUCCUAAGUUUAAUAGCAAAGGCAGAGUAUUCAAAGACUGCUUCGAGCAAUUAAAUGCAAUAUUGGGUAUAACUGUUUGCGGUCACUUGGAGUUCCCUUACAACGGUAUCGAAUCGGUGCAGAAGAGAGCAUUAUUCCCCUUAAAUGGACCAACAAAGUUCAGUAUUAGGAAUGAUAACACAGACUUCUAUAGCAUUUAUCUGAAAAUCUUCCAUGAAAAAACGGACAAUUCUCGAUCGCUCGAGAUACUGUUGGAUACGCCAAAUAGCAAAACUAAUAGACACGUGUCUUUAAGUGCCCAAAUCGGUACCAAGCCUGACAAAUUUGCUAAAAUAUCUCUCAAUACACCCAUCAAAAAAGCGUCCGCUGAGGCAGUACUCAAAUCCAAUCCUGAGGAAAAUACGCUUACGAUAACGGUACUGCACGACAACCAGGAAUAUUACGCGCGCGCUGGUCUCUUAGCUAAUGGUCCCAAGUUCAAGCCAGUUUUGGAAUACAAAAUCCCGGAGCAUAUCGAAAAACUGGCAGAUACGAAAAGCGGAGUGAAGACAUCCCACGGUGGUGGCCAGCAAUACAACAUGCAAGGUGCUGUAGAAGUAGUCGAUCAAGACGGCGGUAAGAAGUACGUGUUCGAUAAGGUAGCUUUGGUUGGCAACGGCAACAAGAUCGUUGGUUUAGAUGGUUAUGUUUUGCACACGAGCAACGCCGCCGACUUAGACAUGAAGUUGAAUUACGGAGAAGAUUUCGUUGAUCUGAAGUUAAAUGCUAAAAAACUGGGUGACGAGCAUUAUUCGAUCGGCGUUUCGGCGUUGCCAUCGAGAGAUCCCAACAUGGGCUUUGAAGUCACGUAUGAGGUCCGUAAGAAUGAGCACGAAUUCGAGAAUAAUCUGGUUUUUGUUCACGGUCCGGAUUUGAAAUCUACGAUUAAUCGAUUUACUCUCAAACAAUACCUUAUCGCUAAACCUAAUCAAAAAGGAGUAAACUUUAUCUUAGGCGGACAUAACAAGAUCUCAUAUCCAACUUUAAAAUUAAAGGCGGACUUAGAAGGUAAGAUCACACCCAACUCCGUUAACAGCGAUAUCGAAAUUACCUACGACAAAUUCAAAUUCGGCUCGGAGUUGAAUGCCAAGCGACACACAGACAAGCAGGGCGAUUACGAGCUUGAAUUCGAGGUCGAACUCUUGCAGAAUAAAAUCAAAGUGGAAUGCAAGCAUCUUGUUGUCGAUCCGCAUAAGAGCAAAUACAAAUACAAUUUAGAGUUGACUCCUGGUGGCAAGUAUGAGGGUGAAGUCGCGAUCACAUGCAACCGCGAUAAAAAUAUAGAAUAUGAAGUGGAUAGUGACUUGAACUUGAACGGCAAAAAAGUUAAGGCUUUCGGCAACGUGAUCAUCGAACGUCCCCUAAAAAACGUUCAAUCUCGAGCAUACGUUAACGUUAAUGACGUCAAGUACAUCGACUUUCUGCUCAAAGCACAGCGACAAGGCGCGAAUCCUUACGGCAGUUUAAUGUUGAACGUAAAGAAUUAUUUAAAUGUCGCGGGAGAAAUCUUGAAGCAGAAUGACAAGAGUAAUGCUCAUCUCGACAUUGAUUUGCCAAAGAUCAAUCGAAAAAUCAAAGGAACUGGCGACUUGGUGGUAACCGGUUCGCAGCAUAACGCUAACUUCGAGCUGCUUUAUGAUGCAGAGAAAGAUCCAAGCAAGCGUAUCAAAGUGUCUACCAUAACCGACAUCAAGAAAAACGCCAUCGACUCGAAGAACGUCAUUGAGGUGCUAAAUCAUAAGCUUGAACUGAACGGCAAAGGUUCAUUAGAGGGCACAUUAAAAGAGGGAAAACAAAUCAUAGAAUGGGACAUCACUCUACCAAAUGGCCGUUAUUUAGUUUACAAGCACCAACACUCCUCGGUCAAAAAUAAGAACAACAAAUAUGAUACCAAGUUCGUUGCUGAGGUAGUAGAUCACGAAACUAAAAACGGUCCACAAGAAAAAGGCACGGUCGCCAUAGAAUAUGUAAACUUUGAUCCAAAGUCGUUCACGUUCGAUCUUGACAACACUGAAUAUACGGCUGUUUUAUCUAGCGGAAAAGUCAUCAAUUAUAAUCAUAAAAUCAAAUAUCUCCGCGACACUGACGGUCAUAAGAAAUUAAUUGACGUUGACAUGAACUUAUCAGGAUUGACUCGACCUUUCAGUCUGCAAUACAAAGUCGACGAACUCGAUAAUAAGCAUAUAUCUAGCCAACUUGCUUCUUCCUUGGGCGAGAACCUUCAAGUAAAGAGUUUCGCAAAUUACGUUCCUGGGAACGAAGUCGACAAGCCUUGCAAGGUGAGCGGCAACGUAGAGUUGUUAUUGCCAUCCGAAAAGCUGCGUAACGUCAAAUUUGACUUCAAAAACAGUCUGUUAGACCAGGACGCGGAAGACGGUCUUUUCGAUUUUCAAGGUUCAACAACGCUCACCUACAACGAUGAUAGAACAAUUAAGGUUGAAGGUAGCUUAAAAGGCUCCGGAGAUCCCGAUAGCGGCAAGCCUUUCGACAGCGAUGCAAAGCUUGCUUUGACAAUCCUCCAGAUCCCGACCAUCAAAUUCAGUACCAACGUCAAAUAUGAUCCUCGAGACAACAAGAUGAAAGUUGUACGUAAUACGGCUGUAAGUUACGGUGACAAAGAGGUGACUCUUACCAUCGACCCGCUCACGUUUGAUUACGAUAUGACGCAUAUUGACCUAAAGGCCAAAAUUACCACUCCGUACGAGAAGCUGCGUAAUAUCGACUUAGAGUUCAAGCAUGAGAAAAGUAUCGACGGAAGCUCAAGAAAAUUCGACGGGACUGCCACAGUGGACGGUGUAAAAUACACAGCCAUGAGUGAAAUCCAGCAGAGUAACAUCUCUCCGAAGAUUCACAUACUUAUAAAUUGCCCGAAUGGAAAGACCGAAUUGCUCUGGAAAAUCGAGAAAACCGGUGAUAAAGAAUAUGUUGGUGAGUGGAAAGUUGAGACACCGUACAGCUUCGCCAAUGCCGAUGCACACAUCAAUCUGGAGAGCAUCGACAAUUUCGUAAUCAUCGUGAAUUUGGACAGCGACAAGCUGAAGCAUCGUAAGAUUCAGGCCGAAAUCGCAAACAAACCUACCGCCAAGACGGGCAAGCGAAUAAUCAUCAAUGUCACCAGCGACGGCAAGAACAUUGUGACCGGAAGUACAAACUAUAAGAGACGCGAAGAGGAUGGCAAAAUCACGGUCGAAGGAAACGGCAAUCUGAAGAUCGGUGAGAAUACAAGAAGCUCCUCUUUCAAGUAUACUCGCCAGCAAUUGAGUCACGACAAGGACGGCGAAGUCGGCGUCAUAAUCGUCGUGAACGCUAAGUUCGAUCCGGCGGCUAUCGUGGGCGAGAUGAAACUCUCGAACAAGGAGAUUCUCUUUUCCAACAGCUACUGCGAGCAGAGCAAGGACUGCGCUCACGUCAAGUUCCAAUCGAGUUCCGAUACCGAUAAGAAAACUUAUCUGAAUCAUCAAACAAUAGUAGAAGUAGACUUAAAGAAAUUCUAUGUACCAGCUGAAUUCGGAUUGAAGACAAGCACCGAAAUGAGAAACUCUAAAUUUGAUCAUUCUGCCAACUUAUAUCUUCAUUCGUCGAAGGACAAAUCACAAUAUGCUUACCAGAUUUACGCUCAUCCUAAGGAAAGCGGUGCUAUUUUGACUCUGCCCAACCGUGAACUCGCAGUUAUCAGCACAUUUGAUUUACCGAAGACAAAGCAAACUGGAGCAUUCAAGCUCGAUGUUUCCCUUUAUUUAGACAGGAAGAACAAACCGUCCGACAAGAGUGGUCUAGUUGCCAAUGGUGACAUUAAUAUUGAAAAAGAAAGCGGAUCUAUCAACGGAGAAGUCAAAUUCAUAUAUCCAUCUCAAUCAAAGGAUAUGGCAGUGAAAGGCAGACUUCAUUACGGUGGCGAGCACUUGCUGGACGCGAACGUCGACAUCGACGUGUUCGCGAAGAAGACACAGAAGAUUAGCAUGCUGGCGAAAAUACAUCAACUAGAUAUCAAAAAAGGUAGAAACUUGACCAGCGUGAUCGAAAUAAACAGCCGUGGACAACAACUCAAAGUCGAUCUGAAAUCACACGUGGCCAUUUCGGAAUAUACAGUCGGUUUCGGCAGUUUCCUGUCCUAUACAGACGUGAAUCAGAAGUUAAAAAGUGUAGGCGCCUUAUUCUCUUUAGAUACCAAAAAAUUGCUUCUUCUUGCAACCGGUCCGAAUAAGGAUCUCCUCCGAGUAGAUGCACAAUUGCAAUUGGAGAAAAAUCUGCAAAAAGUUGAUGCUGAAGUCUCGGUUGUUAACAACAAACCCAUUAAAAUUAAUUUCGAAGCUCAGGAUAUGAAUAGUUUCAAGUUCGCAAAAUACCAGCAAGAUGAUCCCGAUUCGAAAAUCACCGCUAACGGACGCAUUCUGCUCGGACAAUUAGCUGAUAUUCACGCAGACGCUUACAAAAAUAAAGCAAAGAAAAAUCUAUUCCACGCUUCAAUCCAUCUUGAUGACGAGAAGUUCCUGAAACCUAACUUCGGUUACAACAAGGACAAUAUUAUCUACGCGAUCGAACGUCAUCGCAAAUUAGCUGUCGAACUGUUGAAGCAAAUGAAAGAAGUUUCUGGAGAAAUAGCUAACGAGAUAGAUAAAGAACUGAAAGAUCUCUUAGAUCAUUUAAAGAAAGCACAACCGAAUAUCAAGCCGCUUUUGGACUAUUACGAGGGAGAAUUGAACAAAUUAAAGGACGAACUCCACGCUGAUCAAACUAUCAAGGACAUUCAAGCUACUUUAAACAAGCACUUCGGAACUAUCAUCAAAGCCGUGUCGGAGACUCUGAAGAAAAUAAACGCACGACUAACUGAAUUGCAGAAAGAAUACGCCGAGAUAGUUUCUCAGAUUCAACAUGCGUGGGAAAAUGUUUACCCACAACUGAAAGAAUCCUACGAAAAACUAGUUCAAGCGGGUAUUAACAUUCUCGACACUAUCGUUAAUGUUGCCGUAGCUUACGUCCACGCGCUGCUUGAUCUAAUUAACGAACAUCAGAAAGAGUUGAAGGAAAUAGCAAUCAUGGCUUCCGAGAUUGUGCAGGACAUCGCUAAGAUCCUGGUCAAUAAUAUCGCGCAAAUCAGGAAAGACAUUGAGGAGUUCGUCAUUCAGCUAAAAAAUCAACUGAAAGCGUUGCCGAUCUACGAGUACGCGAAGGAACAUUAUAAAGAAAUCAUAAAUUUGCAAAUCCCGGAAGGUAUGCUAGCCUCCUUUGAAGAACUCAGCAAGAUUGUAGAGAGCACGCUGCCGACUGAAGAACUGAAACGGCUGUACAAUGCUAUACACGACUACAUCAUAAAACACGUAAAACAUGAGAAAGUCGACAACGCGAGCGAGUUGAAGAAGAUUUACGAGUGCGCGACUGAUGCUCUUGCGUCUUUCAUCAAAUCUCUAGAAGCCAGCGGCACUCUGGACGAACUUAUAGAUGAGUUGUUCGAUGCUGAUCUUCCAGAGUUCGAGGCGUUGACAACACUCCCAACAAUCACUUCGGUGAAAAUAUCUCUUAUCAACCUGAUUCGUAAUAAUGAACUUCCGUCACUUCUGGAUCUCUAUUACACAUACAGGCCUAAUUUUGAUCCUCUCGACAUCAUACCUCCCUUCAGCAAAAUCGGCUUUGUCGUCGAUGGAGGACAUAUCUUCACGUUCGACGGGAAGCACUUCGGCAUACCCGGCGACUGUACCUAUGUCUUGGCUCAAGACGUGCAGGAUGGCAAUUUCUCCGUUCUCGCCAACUUCAACAAAGGCAAGCUCGUCGAUAUAACCGUGACAGAGCCUAAAGAGAGCAUCACGCUGAAGAGCACAGGCAUUUUAGUGAAUAAUAAACCAACCGAGUUCCCAGCCAGCACAAACAAUCUGCACGCCACUGUGUCGCCUCCGCUUGCGCAAAUCGAAUCGGACUACGGUGUGUUGGUUAGAUGCGGUCUCAACAAUCUCAAACAAUCACCGAUUUGCGUGGUAUACGUGUCCGGCUUUUAUCAUGGAAAAUUACGGGGUUUGCUCGGUGACGGCAAUAAUGAGCAAUACGACGAUUAUACGUUGCCAUCCGGAAAGAUUACCGAGAGUGAGACUGAAUUUGCCAACGGAUACAAACUGAAACCCGAUUGCCCGACAGUGAACGCGAUCGAUCACAAGAAACAGCAACGUAAUCCAGCCUGUACUGAGUUAUUCUCUGGCGAGAAGUCUCCACUGAAAAACUGCUUCAACUACGUUAAUCCAGCUCAUUACCGGGAUGCUUGCGAUGCUGCUGCCAGUGAAAAUCCGGAAGCCACCUGUUUGUUCGCCAUUACUUACCGCUCCGCCUGCCAUUAUAAGAGUGUUACGGGAAUAAGCAUUCCACCGGCUUGCACGAGUUGCAAGGUCGGUGAGAACUCGAUUGCUGUUGAUGAUACUUUUAGUGUUAAAACCCCGAAGAAUCAAGCGGACAUUCUACUGGUGGUCGAAGAAUCUAAGCAAAACGAGAAAGUAUUUAAAGACUUAAUUCCGACACUGAUAACUGACCUGAGAGAGGAAUUUAAACAACAAGACAUCACGGAUGUUCACAUCAGCUUACUUGGCUUCGGUGAUCACUUGGAUAAGCCACAAUACUACACUAAUAAUGGUCAUCUUAACAUUGUCGGAGACGUAAAGAAUAUUAAAUUUGAGGAACAAGAACCAAGUGUUACUCUCGAAGAAGCUAAAACUACCGAGAAGAAAGUGGAUUAUCUCGUGCAAAGACUGAAAUUGGAAUUAGGUAUUUUGUCACUAACAGGAAGCUACGAGGAAGCCGUAAAGUAUCCAUACAGACCUGGUGCAGUCAAAGCUGUUGUUUCAAUCUUGUCCACUCCGUGCGAGAAAAGUCCACUUCCUCUAUCGUUGCAACAGUUGAGGCUUCUACUUGGACAAAAAAUAUACCGAGAUUUAGGUUUGACCUAUUACGUUGUAUACCAACCCGGCGACAUUCAAGCUUCCGGUAAAGUUCAAAAAAACAUUGUUGGGUACGACAGCGACAGCGUAUACGUAUUAGCCGACAGCAAGAAAAAACCACUGAACAGAAACGCUGAGCUUAGAAGCAACUUAGUUCUUCCUAAUUCCGAUGUUUGUGCUGAAUUUGCUAUAGCGAAUGGAGGUGCAGCGUUCGUUUCUAGCAACUUGCUGGAUGCUAAGCCGAAUCAGAAGAGACAAUUCGCGCAAGUUACUGCUAGAAGAAUUGUCGAAGGUCUUACAAGCGUUGAAAUCGAACAGGAUUGCACGUGCACGCUAGAACACGGCGUUAUUGCACGCUCUCAUUGCAAGAUUGUUGGACAAAGAGAGAAGGAACCACUUGCGAGAAGCACGAAGGGAGGAGUAAAGGGCUGAAUAAAAUCACAGUACUGCGCAACAUUAUUACUGCUAAUUAAUUUUAGAUAAAACGUAUUUGUUAUUUUGUUACAAUAGAUACAUAAAAGAUAUUAAAAUAAAAGAUACUUGAUAGUCGUAAGUAAUAUAUCCGAAAUUGCGUUAUCUACAGUGUACGACUAACUUUUCGCAGCAAAAAGAAUGCAAAUAAGACUCAAUUUAUAUACCAUGACAAUAUUCUUUCGUUUUUCAGGCUAAACAUAAACAUAUACAUAUGUAAAUUAAUGCAAAUAAAUUGGUAUACUAUUUA